GCCUUACCCAGAGUAGUUCAGCACCUGAGCAUUGCGAGCAUUGCGCAAAGAACUGACCCAGACGCGGCGUGACAUGCCGCUGGUAGAAGUUGCGUCCCUCGUGUUGCGUGAGCAUGAGCUGGACCGGCAAGACGAAAAGCUUAGCCGGUCGCACUGCCGUAGUGUGGGAAAGGCGAUGAGCCAUUUCAAGGAGGGCAACUACUCUGGCUUUUGCGAAGCUUUGGCCGUGGGUGGAUGCCAAGAUGCCGCCAUCUCAGUCACACUUGCGCAGCCGCAGGAGCCAGAUUGCCCUUUAAUUGGCGUUAGCAAGGGAUUCCUAACUUUGAGCGGAUACCGACGCGACGAAGUUCUUGGCAGAAACUGCCGCUUCCUGAAUCGUGGCUGUGCCAUUCGUCAGGAGGACAGGAUGAAGUUGCGAGCGUCAGCUCGCUCCGGGAAGAGCUUCUCAGGAUUGCUACAGAAUCGCAAAAAGAACGGCGAGGUCUUCUUGAACCUGGUGUGCAUCAAUUCGUUGCGCGUCGGUUCCACCUUCUACUUGCUGGGCAUACAGGUGUUCGGUGGCUUUGGUAUGCUUUGGCCGCAUAUGAAGGUGGACAUGACAAACCAAGGUCAGAGAAGAGAUGUACAGGAAGUUGUUCGAGCGCAAUUGGACACAAUUGUGAAGACCAUUUCAGAAGCACAACAAGAUGCUUUGUCGCGAUUACAGGUGCCCCUCAAUGUGAGUUGGUUACAGCUCGAGGGCAAGGACCCAUCCUCCUUUGUAGCGCUGGAGACGCAAAGCCCAGCUGUCUUGACCAAAAACACAUUUCUGGAGGUGGAAGAAGAUGAACAGGAGUUCCUACGUAGAGCUGUCUCGGAGUCAAUGCUACAAGGCAUGGCAAUGGAUGGCUCCGAGGCACGUGCUACGCGCAAAAUCCUGAAGGAUCAUGCAGAGUGGCUUGAUGCCUUUCCUGGCAAGGUGGAACACGCCUGUGACGUGCCCGAGACCAGCACUGUCAUUGAGAUGCUGAGCAUCGGCAGUCGGCUACAUCCUGAUGAAUGCACACCGUGUUCCUUCUAUUGCUAUUCCUUAUCCGGAUGCAACAAAGGGGAGGCCUGCACUUUUUGCCACAAUGAGCACCUCAGACGGCCCAAGCGUCGAAGUAAGAAGAGACGAGACGAGAAGGAUAAGGAGGAGACUGACGGCAGCUGAAGUAAUUGUUCAUGCACGCCAUGAUAGCAGCGAAAGUGUACAGAGGAUGAGCUCGUGCUGUUUCUCAUGUGGAGCCCUCCCGGAUUUGGACGCUCCGCUGUUCCACGUUCCGCAUAGUUCCUCCACAGGUUUCAGUUUCAUGUGCACAUUUGCGGAACCCGUCAUUUUGCAGUGACAUUUUAAGCUGAUGCCCUCUUCAAGUGAAGACGCUUGAACAUGGCUUUCAGCUGAUGUCAGCUGUGCUCAGAGCUGGAUGAAACCCUGUGAAGUUUUCAUGUUUGUUCGGUCUUUGCGC